UCGUAUGCAAGAUGGAUAGCAAACUGAGCAAACUGUGGUUGGUCAGGAAUCGACCCCCUGUUUUUUUGCUUAUUUUGACUUGACUUUUGUAGAAGACACUUUUACACAUUUUCCAGUUAUUCUUAGGGAAAACAAGCUCAAAAUACAUUUUUAACGUUGCUUACUUUGAGAUUUCACCAGAGGAUGUCGUUGUUAGAACACAUAAUAUUUCUGGAAAACGAAAUAAAAUAAUCUAUGAAUAAUUCUUAUGGAUUAUUUAAAUAGGAAGAAAUUAUUUUUACAAGGGAUAAAUUGUACCUAAAGGACGAUAUCAACGAUGUUUCCAGUAUUUUUUCUCCAUAUGCAAACGAGGAUCCAACUUGUAUUGGUAUAGAAAAAUAGCCCUUGAUUUACUCUACAAUAUUCUAUAUUAAGAACCUUUAAUCAUCGUUGACCGAGUCACUUAUAGUUUCUACAACAGACAAAUUGCACCUAAAAGACGAUAUAUUUUUCCGCAAAAUCGUGGUCAAAACUAUUCAAAAAAGAUCAGACUCAUCUAAAAAUUCCGAAACAAAGAUUGUUCAAUGCAGUUUUUAAUGGUGAUUCCAAAUAUCAUGUUGGUUUUGAAAAAAACUUGAAAUCAGAUGGUAAAGACUGUAAAAUGUGAGUGCGUUUCCUUGAUUUUUCUCGUAUUUGAGUUAUAAUGGAUUAAGCCAAUGAUAUGUGGACUUUGUUUACUCAAAAUAUUGUAGAGCUUUUCAAGAUCUAUGUUAAUACUAAAAACUAGUUGAACCCUCUCUCCAUAUGCAAACGAGGAUCCAACUUCUAUUUGUAUAGAAAAAUAGCCAAUGAAAAACUGAAUAAAAUGGUAUAUGAACCAUAGUUAUGUACCAUAAGACCAAAGAGAAAUGGUUUAUUUUCAAGCAUCCCUGUUUAGUGAUUGUGCCUGAGUGAUCAUAUUUUCCCAUAACCAAGAGAGAAUUCAACUAGUCUUUAGUAUUAACAUUGCUCUUGAAAAGCUCUACAAUACUGUAGAGUAGGCCAACUCUACAUUUUUCAUCGUUUCUAUAGUAUAUGUAGGAUUAAGUUGCGCACUCUAAAUAAAGAACGAUGAAAAAUCUAACAGUAUCUCUAAGUUUUCUUGUAAGAGAUAUAGCUGUGUAGAUCAUUCGUAGCACAGCCCAUUUUUUCCCUAACGAGAGAACCGCCCGAGGUGGUACCCUGUGUUUCUACAGUCAGUACGCUCGUACUCGGUGGUAGGAAAGCUCAAGUCGGGAUUUGGAAUUAAGGCCAAACUUGAUAGUUUUUCGAGCGGAAUUAGACUUGAACUCGGACUUGACUUUUAAACAAAACCGAUUUGAACUUCGACAACAAAUCCGAUGAUUUGCCUCAUUGUUGCCGCAGUAAGCCGAAAUUCGGAGAGAAACUAUAACUAAAGACGUAUAGUUUGUGUCUGGGACAUAUAGUGGCUGCUCCGGAGUGUGAGUGCGGAUAUGAAACGAAUCAUCACCUCACUUUUCUUUUUGUGCUAAUUAUAUAGCACAACGCUCAGAACUGUUAAAAACGUUUCAGUCUAUACUACAAAUAACCGACAUAACGAUAGAUCAUUUACCUUUUAAAAAUGACGACAUGUUUUCUAUCGAAAAAUAUAAAAUUAAAAUCCUAUUUUUUUCUGUUUUAAAAUUUUUGAAGGAUAUAUAACGUUUUCGCCAGAUCCAAUGAUAAACAACCCUUCUUUUUCCACUGUAUUUUUCGAUUUCAUGAAACAAUGAUACAAGAUGGCGUUUAUGGUCGAGUAUUUUUUACAUGGUGCCCUAGUAUUAGUGAAUUACCAAAAGCAAAAUCAAAAUGUUUUACAAAUGUUGCCUCAUUUUCUCAUUUAGCAUAUGCUGUUGCAUAUUCAUUUACCAAUCAAUUUCAAUUUCGUCAUCUGAAUCAUCUGAAAGCGAUUCCUCGUAAAGUAUUAGUAUGUUAUCCAAGUGUAUUUGGCCAAUGA